GUAGUAGUGUGAUAUAUUUUACACUUACUAAUGAGCAACUCUCGUAUGAUUCAUGCAUUUACUCCUUUUCUGCAAACCCUUACUGUUUUACAUCACUGAAGGUCAUUUCCCAGCGUCUCUUCAGUCUAUUUUUCUUAAUGUAUUAUGUGAACGGAGAACAGUUACUCAUUUGACUGUGGUUUCACUUUGUAAGGAUACAGGACAUUAAUUAAAGAAAUUUCAAACACACCAAAAAGCAAUGGGCUGUGGCCUGAACACCUGUUGGCCAACACCUGAGAUUGAAAUCUGGACAAAUACAAGAAAUAAACUCUGACAAGUAAGUGUACAUCAACACUUGUCAGAGAUGUUUUUUUUUAAAAUUCUUUUUAUCUAGGGCUGCAACUAAUGAUUAUUUCCAUCAUCGAUGAAUCAAUCUCAUUUUAUUGAUUAAUUAAAUAAAAGACUAGAAUGGAACUCGGGAGAGCACAGAUCUCACAAUGUGUUUGUGUAUCCACCCAGUGAAUCGGGUCUGCUCCAAAAGGAAAAUCGGGCCGAUACUUUCUCUCAUCUUUCUGACAAGCAAAUAAACCGGACUGAAAACACAACAUCCUCGGUGGAGGUAAAAAAAAAAAAAAUGCUCAUCACAGUUACAAAGUCUAAAUGUAAAUUGCUUGUUUUGUCCGACCAACGGUCCUAAAGACAAAUAUUUUCUAUCGUAGAAGAUAAAUACCAGAAGCUGGAACUAUUAACUUGUUGGCAUUUGGGUUUAAAUCAUUACAUCAAUAAAUAACUGUGGAGCACUCUGAGAGCAAACACCGCCGCCAAGGCCUUUUCCAUAAGUGAAAAAUAAUGUGUGUAUCUCACCCGUGACACAGAUCCGCUCCAAAAUGUAAUGAGGUUCUCUUUGGCUCAUGUUACAACUUCCUACAAAAUUUCAUGAAAAUCGGGCCAGUAGUUUGUCUGUAAUCCUGCUGACAAACAAAGAAAUCCAAAAACAAAAUCUCCUUGGUGGAGGUAAGCAUCGAAGUUGUUGGCAAGAUCUUCUGUCAAACUACUCAUCGAUGCAUUGACUAAACGUUUCAGCUCUACUGUAUUCUCAUGUUUUGUAUUUAUUCUAAACACACAGAAAACGGUGUCUACAUCUAACAUUUUCAUUGCCUGAUAUUAGAGACUUAAUGAAACUUCAUAUCAGACAGUUGUUGACCUCACGAUGAAGUACCUUUACCGCGACCAUUCACAGUCAAGAGGUUUUCUAUGCUGUCUGAAUUUCAAUGUGUGAAAGGGUUUUAUAGAUUCUAUUGAGCAUGCAUUCAAAUACUGCACCUUUUAACAUCAGAGGCAUGACAUUAGUAUAACAGAGGAAAUAAACUCAACUCUUUGUGAUCCAGCGAAAGAUGGCUGGCUCCAUGUCAAGGUGCAUCCGUUCACCAUUAACAGCGUCUGUAAUCUCCUUCUUGGAGGUUAACUGCUAUAUUCAGAUGUUGGAUUAAUGUAAUACAAUUAAUAAGGGAGAUAUUUCCUUUGAAAACUUCAGCAAUGUGCUGAAACACGGUUAUGACGAAAAGAAGUCAGUUUCUUUCUGUACCUUUUAUCUGACCUUCCUCGAGCUCCUUCUCAGAUACUCCCCUCUCCUGAAUGAUGAGAGUCGAGCUUUGCUCUCCUAACUCCCUGCUCCAAUACGUGCUCCCUGAUGCCUUCGUCUCCUCUUCCUCAUCACACUCCCCUAUAGCCAGGCCUCUGAAAAUCCAUCACAAAAGGUUUUUAAGGACAGCCUCGACAUUAUACAGAUAGAGCUUCACAUAUUGAUGUCUAAUGGGCGAUGGCAGGGCGCUGUUGAAAUGCUGCUGUUCAAUGUUCAAUAUUCACAUCUUGUCCAAUGCAGGCAGACAUUUUGCCUGCGGUAGGCAAAGAUUAGUGCCGAGUGUACGGGUAGUGCUGGACCAGACAUUGCAACCAAUUAAGGGGACUUGUUUUAAAACGACAGUUACCGUCAUUAAAGGUGACAUCUGCUUUUAAUACAUGACUGAUGACAUCCAAUUAAAAGGCUUCAUUUGAAUUAUGAUUUGACUUCAAAGCCACUUAAAAGCCUUGCCCUCCAAAAUACCAACAUGAGAGGAUUUUGAAGUAUUAGACGUAUCAAUCCAUGAAUUACAAAGGGAUGGAAUAAUAAGGGUAGAGCAAUUUGUAAUGCUCCUACAGCUCCAAACAUAAAGCUCUGCAUACAUCUAGACUGUCCUUGAACAGACCAUUAUCUCAUUUCUCCGUAAAUGCCAAUCACAAAGUCGAUGCAUUUUGCAAACAAUGUCUAUUUAGCAUUCCCUCCCAUCUCGGGCCGUUUUCAUUACGCAUGUUAGCCGCACUCUGCACAUAUAAAUCAGUUUACUACGCCACAGACUGUAUAUCAGUCAGGAGCCGUUUUAUUAAAAAGGACAGUUUAUCUCACCACACACUUCGUCCCACACCAGCUACCCUACUAAACUGUACACCCAAUUAAACACAUUCCUUUCCAUUUCCACACACACACGCACACGCACACACACACAGUGGCUCCGAGUUUACGAUAUAUGAUGCACAAUUCAUGGAUGAUUUUAAAAACACCCUUUCAAGGAAACCUCCAGGCACGGACACGAGGCUGUUGACCAACUUGUUCUCCGCUGCAGCAUGUGUCCUUUGAAAAUGAAAAUGAGGACGUCUUUAUUUGUCUCAUGCAGUUUGUUUAAGCAAACUGCAUGAUAAUCUCCCAGUUGGUUAUGUAGUCUACUCACUCUGGGAUGAAGUGAACAGGCGAAUGUGAGCAGCGGAGCAGAUAAUGGCCUUGAUGAAUCUGUCUCUGUACACUCAGUACACUUGAUGAAAACCUUAUAUUUCUUAAGCCUGUUUUCACAAGGGGGUUUGAUUCUGCACACAAGAUACAGGCACUUAACGCACGGUGGUUAAUGAAAGCUCAAAAGCUUCGUUUAAAGAAAGGAAAGAAAAAGAUACAAAACAUGGAGUUACCUUAAUGGGAGGGUUGUGUCCGUUGGGAGCUUAGUGUUGCGCAUAUGGAGCUCUGACCUUGAGGAGGUAUUUUCACUAGGUACUUAAUUCUAAAAGCAUAACCGUUCUGAUGGGGAUAAUUAUUUAGCCCAUACCUUUUAGUAUUCCAUACUGUGCCAACAUUGAAAUCUAAAAGUACAUCUUGGCGUCACUAAAAGACAGCUGGUAAAAGAAAAGAAAAAAGACAGGAAAGCGUUUCAUUUAUGCAGCCCCAUAAAAGCACCUUUUUCUUAUUUAUUUUAGCAAUAAACACGUAAGAGACAUAAAAACUACUGUGCCAAUCUUUGAAUAUUUUUUCAAGUUGAAGUAUACAAGAAGCAUGACAGAUUUGAGGGGUUUACGGACCUAUUCAGGCAAUAUUAUGUAUUAUUCUUGCCAUUGAACCCUUAAAAAAUGUGCCCACUAAAUAAUAAAAUCUAGUUAAAGGGCUCAAAAUGAACAGGGUCUGGUUUUGCACUUUUGGAUUAUUUUUGAUCAGUGUGUGUGGUAGAGAAGGAUUUUCUACAUUUUCUGAAUUUCUCAAAUACCUUGUUCCUCAGAUUCACUGCAUCUCCGAGUAAAAGAUUUUUAAAACUGUAUUUGUCCGCUUUCUCCUUUUAGGGUGGUGCUGAGCGACACUCAGCCAGCUGUCCUGCUGAAGCAAACAGCAGUGAAGUCUACCUCGAGGAUACUCAACAGCGGCCCAUUUCUGCUGACCUGUGGGGGAACUUUUCACACUCAAGCCACGUGACCGGUCAUCCCAGCGCCACUCAGAGCCAAAACUACAUACAGCCUCUGAAGAUCAUCUGUGUGAACUGAAAAGGAAGCGAUUAAACAUUCAACAGAGGAGAGUGAGGCAGAAAGUGAGAGGGAAGGAGAGAGAAGCCUCUGAAUCCAACUCUGACAGCCUGCACCGGUCCAAACUGUCCAUCACCGCCUCAAACAUACUCAUUACCAUCACUGAACUGCGAAAUUGAUGUUGUAAUAAUUGUUAUAAUACAACUAAUAAUUGUAAGGACUCUAUCGCUGGAUUUUUCUGAGCUGCGGAAAUCCCACUUAUUCUCUCCUUGCUGCUCAUUAAUUAAAAAACACUACCUGGUUAUUAGAAGCAAGUGCAACACGGCACUGAACUAUUUUUGCAUGACCCACUGCUUGCAAGAGUAUCCAGGAUUGCUUUUGACUUCGAAGAAGGACCCUUGAGCCCUCAACCAUCUUCUGACUGUCUGCCCAACUGUAGCAUUUGGGUGUGGAGCGGUGGGUUCAGAAUUAGGCCCCCUGGACACUCGUUGAAGAUGACUUGAGUUGGCAGGCCUAAAAGCCCUUUACCCCAGAGAGAGAGAGCUUGGCAGUAGGACACACACAGACACACAUGCACACACACACACACCACACACAGAUGUGGGUGCCGAGGUGGCUUUGAGCCAUGCUGGUGUUGCUACUUGCGCAGCCCUGGAGUACAGGCUAUCAUCAUCCCUACCAUCAUUCACCCAAGCUGAGGAAGAUUCAACGGCCCCGAGGAGCAAGGCUACACUUGUGAACGAUUCAAAGAAGACUAAGAAACUGCGCUAACACACGGAGAUCCACGGCUACGUCCGCAAUCACGCUAUACACUCUCCUCUCCACAAAACCUGUGAUACGGGGGAAACAAAGCUGCGGCUGACGUGAAAGGCACAGAGACUGAGCAGGAGCUGAGCACCAACAUGGCAGCUGAGAGUAUUGCUGAGCUCCGCGAUUGGCUCUUUCUGCUCCUCCUGUGCCUCACCUUAUUGGCUGAGGUGCUGGAACUGGCAGCAGCGGCAAUUGCCAUGGAGACGGGCGAGGGAGACGAGGGCAUUGUUUGUCCCUCGGUGUGUCGCUGUGAUGAGGGUUUUGUCUACUGCAACGACCGUGGCCUCAGUAUAAUUCCUCCACUACCAUUAAUGGCUGCCAUCCUCUACUUGCAGAGCAACCGGCUGAGUAAUGCUGGCCUGCCUCCCUCACUGGAACGCAGCACUUCCAUACGAGUGAUUUACCUGUAUGCCAACCAGUUGGAUGAAUUCCCUAUACACCUCCCGCCUUCGUUACGGGAGCUCCAUUUGCAGGAUAAUAAUAUACGAACGUUACCGAGAUCAGCUUUGGCCAAACUACCAUUACUAGAACGAUUGCACCUGGAUGAUAACUCUAUAUCCACAGUUAGCAUCCAGGAGAGAGCAUUUUCUGGGACUCCACGGCUUCGACUACUGUUUCUGUCUCGGAACCACCUAUCAAGCAUCCCUGCAGGCUUGCCGGCAUCCUUGGAAGAGUUACGACUGGACGACAAUAGAAUCAGCACCAUCCCCACACAUGCCUUCCAUGGGCUCUCCUCCCUGCGACGCUUGGUCCUGGAUGGGAACCUGCUGGCCAACACGCGCAUUGCAGAUGACACCUUCUCCCGUCUCUCCAACCUGACUGAGCUGUCACUGGUGAGGAAUGCGCUGCAGUCUCCGCCAGUCUACCUACCUUCCGCUCACCUUGUGCGACUCCAUUUGCAAGACAACGGAAUGACUCACAUACCACGGGGGGCACUGGACGGGAUGCGGCGGCUACAGAGGCUGGACCUGUCAGGAAACAAUCUGACCACUCUCCCACGAGGACUUCUGAAGGACACAGAAAGCCUGGAGCUGCUACUGUUGCGGGGAAACCCCUGGUACUGUGGCUGCAACCUUCGCUGGCUCCACGCAUGGCUGCACAGCCGGGGGGCUGCGGUGACAGUCAGGGGUCUGACCUGUCAGGGGCCCGAGCCUGUAAGGGGACAGGCCCUCAGAGAACUAUCCUCCCUGAUGGAGCAGUGUGAAGGCCCUGCUGCUGGUCCCAGUACUGGAAUGGGGAUGAACCCAGCAGAAAAAGAUGGAGGAGGUGAAGAUGGUGGUGGAGGGGGCCAAGCAGUGGCUUCAGUCCCCCAUGGUAGCACCACCACUACCUCCCUGCUGGUCCCCACACAAGGUUCCCUCUUCACCCUGCGAGCCAAGCGGCCGGGCCUUGUUAUGCCUCUGCCUCCUGGUGAAGGGGGACAGGUGUCUGGAGAGGCCCUGGAGCUGACUGUAAAACCUCUCUCUUCGGAAAGUGUACUGGUGAGCUGGCUGUGCCCACAGCCGGCACCCUCCUUCCGCUUGUCGUGGCUGAGGUUGGGAAGCAGUGCAGCUCUUGGCUCCAUUACAGAGACUCUGGUACCUGGAGAGAGGAGGCAGUACCUCCUUACCCAGCUUACCCCACGCUCCCAUUACCUCAUCUGUCUGCUGCCACUACGACAGGAAUCCUCCUUUGGGGUUUCCAGCAUGGGUAUAUCUCGAGUUGGCAGCAUGGACACAGACAGUCAAGACUCGGCCCCGUCCUGCGCUCAGAUAGAAACUGGAGAAGCUCUGGUCAGCACAGGAGGGGAGGGUUCAGAUAAAGAGGGACAGGACUCAGAACUGACAGCCCUGCCAUUGGCUGGGAUCAUAGGGGGUGCCACAGCAUUAGUAAGCCUGCUGUUAAUCUUUGGCAUCUUCUGCUGGUAUGGACAGAGAACAAGUUACGUGUCCGGGGACUCAGGCACAUACAGCAGGGGCCGGGGUGGAAAACAUUAUGACGACUAUGUGGAGUCAGGCACCAAGAAAGACACUUCCAUCUUAGAGAUCAGGGCCCCUCCUGCAGGGUUUCAGAUGACAGCUAUGGCCCAUCAGCCCCUGCAGCCUAAGCUGGAGGAUGUCACUUACAUCCACACCAUUUUCCCCUCUUCUUCCUCUUCCUCCCAACCUAACGGGACCUACCGGAGCAGCCACGGAGCCGGCAGCCUCAAUGGCACCAUCCUCAGCCAAACCAGCCACCAUCAUGCCACUUAUGGUACCAACCGUGGCUACAGAGAGGGUGGCGUCCCCGACAUAGAUUAUGCCUACACGUGAUGAUACAGGGACACACUAUCUGAGCCACGAAUGCCGGGAGCCAUUUCUAUGAUGACGACCCCUUGGCUGGUGGCCAUGUUGUCCUUGGUUUCCAAAGUACCCUCUGUGCCUCUGCUGGUUCAAUUCUGAUUGGUUUGCUAUGUAGAAAAGACUGAUUUCAGCUGUGUUGAUUGGACAUUGCUAUUGAGUUACAGAAGUAACAGUCCUACUAUACUCUACUACUGUAUACUACAUUAUACAGUAGAUCCUUCUUGUAGUUAUAAAUGGUUACGUUUUCUCUUUUGGAUAUCUCAGUGUCUUUCAAACCUACUGUUCUUCUCAGCUCAUAAUAAUACACAGUAACUUAUUUGAGGUUGAUAUACUAGGCUUAGUUGAUUUAGCAGGAGAUAUAUUUAUGAGGAAAAGGCACUUGAUGUGUAUAGAGAUAGCUCUCAUAUCUUCCUACCAACUGUAAGCUCUGUGCUGUAUAGACAAAAGGGAUGACAGAGGGAGAAAUCAAUGGUUGUUAUAACCCACAGAUGAUAAUGCAUCAUGGUUGACAUGAAAAGAUGUGUUCCUAGCCCCCUCUCUUCCUCUGGUUUACACUCCCUUUUUUAAUUUUUCCUCCUUUUCUUUUCUGGCGGAGGCUCUUUCCUUUUAUUUCUCGUGUCUUUUGUGGUUGCCGUGAGCAGAGGACGACUUUGUUCUCGCCAAGGGAGCUGACAGCUGUGAUAAGAGUUCUGACAGAGACAGGAGACAAACCACAGCAUGGGGAGACUAAUGAGAGGAGAGAGAGAGAGAGAGAGAGAGAGCGAGAGAGAGAGAGAGAGGGUGAUGGAUAGAUGGGUGGUUGGAACAGAACAUAAGACAAGGGGAGAGGGGUGCUGUUUGGUGGAUGGAGGCACUGAGAGAGGUGUGAUGGCAGAGAGCGAGUACAGAAAAUGAAGGACGAUAAGUGAAAAAAGGGCGUGUGACAAAUUCAGCGGCAGGAGCUAAAAAAGAGAAGCAGACAAAAGGAAAAGAAGAUGGGGGACCAAGAAGGGUGCGGGCGGGGUAAAGAUGAGGGGUGACAACUGUAAUAAUGUGACAUCAUAAUUCAAAAAAAUGGCUCAAGUUUUACCACCAGUGUAUCCACAACUACACUCAGCAAAUACCUGACUGCACGUUUCCUACAAGAACUGAUUCAGUUGCCUGUGAUCAUUACAAGUGAAAGACUCAACCUUACGCGUCAUGCAUCUUCAUCAUAAAAUGGACCUGUUUACAUGCCAAUGUGUGUAGGAAGACACGGAGAAGAGAGGCAUAGCAAGACAAUCAAAUGAUUGCAGAGACCGUAGGACAAACGAGUAGCUUCAGAAGAACGGCUAUUAAAAACCUCUGACAGAAUUAAGAAAAAGUAUGUACCCAUUCACCCAAUUUCUUUUGUGGUCUGGUCUCAUUAUUAAAUUUUCUUUGCAAAUGAAGUGGGAGAAAUCUAAUCAUACAUCUUAUAAUAGUAACUCUUUAUCAUCUAGAGCCUGGUUCAAUCUUCUUAAUUGAAAAGAAGUUUUAGCAGCUAAUAAUAUUUUGGUGGAAGUUGGAACUACUACUACUAACAGAAUGGCUUUAAAACUAUAGAUAUUAAAGUGAGAGCUGAGACGAAACGAUUAGUCGAUUAAACCAAUCGUAAGAAAAUCAAUCUACAACUAUUUUGAUAAAUGAUUAAUCAUGGAAGUCAUUUUCUAAGCAUAACUGCUAAAUAUUUCCUUCAGUUUUAGAUUCCCAAUUGUGAGUAUUUCAUAGUCUUGUGACAGUUGACUGAAUAUUGGAUGAAACACACAAUUUUACAACAUCACCCUGGCCCGUAAAUUGUUGUGAUAGAGACGGGGGAAUUUUAAUUUUGAGUAUUUUAAGUAAAAUGAAAAAUAGUUCUUUAAAACAACUGAAAUGUCAAACUUGAUCUGAUGCAUUCUGUGAGUAGGAAGUCGACUCCAUUAGUUUACUCAGGUCGUCCAUUUUUUUUCUCAACUUCAUGUUUAUUGGGCAAAGUUAAACAAAUACACAUUCCAGUUAUUAUAAAAAAAAAAAAGAUAUUUUAAAUUCUCCUGAAUAAAAGUCUAAAACUUGCCUUCCAUAGAGAUGUCCUUUACGUAGGUCGUCCUGUUUUAGGCCACACUACAGCAUGGACACACAGCCUGACCGCUACACUGUGCAGUUUAACAGGCGAACAAACAUGUACACACUGCAUGAAGCGGGAAGCAGCACCGGCUUUCUGCCUCUCACUGACCCCACUAAUAUACUUUAAGGGAGGAGGAACUUCAAAGGGAAACGCUAACAAACAGCCAGAGAUCAAAAGAGGACGAGGAGAGAGUAACAAGAACUAAAGAGUGAGGCCGGAGAGGGAAGGAUGGAGAUUAGUGAUAUAAAAGGAGAGAGGGCUCUCUUACUUUCAGUAGCUCUCGUUCUCUUUUCCAACCUGUGUUGCUGUGCACCAGUAAUAUUGGACGAGCUCGGUGUGGGUUUUUUUAGGGUUGUUUUUAUUUUUUGCAGCAUUUGUUUUUGUUUCUUUUUUUAAGUGCACUGAAGCUUCCUGUCAUUCUGUGCAGAAAUCUUUUUGCCAUUAAAAAUGUCACCCUCAGACGUGAUAAUAAAAAAAAAAAAUACCCUUAUGUAUCAACAUAAAAAUGGGUGCAAAACGCUAUUCCAUUUAUCAUCUUUUUUUCUACACAGAUGAAUAAAGACUUCUAAAAGGAAAAGUAGUUUCAAGAGUUUUCUUUAUGCGUGUGUGUGUGUGUGUGUGUCUGGAGUUCAUUAAAUCUUAAACAAAGUCUGGAGAUAUCAAAUAAUGCACUGGGAUGGCUGAAAAAAAAAUGAAAAUCAAUGGAAAGCUCAAGAUUAUUAAUAUGAUUUAUGACGAGACGGAGUGGACCUCGUUAAAUCACACACACUGGGAUGAAUACAUCAGUGGCUCCGUUUGGAUAUGGUGGAAUCUGCCAGCCCAAAGCGGGCGCAUGUGUUGUCAUCCUGAGAGGUUUGCGUGUUGGCGUGUGUUGUAUGUUUCACCAAGCAACAUGAGAAACUCUGUGUGUGUGUGUGUGUGUGUGUGCGCGCGUGUGUGUGGAUGCGUUUCUGCUCCGUGCUUCUGAAGACAUGCAUCUCAUUCCAAGUGAGUGCUAAUACUUGUGUAAGCGUGGAUCAAUAUAACGAGCAGGGGAGUGUAUAAGUGUCCAUCUUGGAGUAACUGCUUGUGUCGGGUGUUUGUGAAGGAGAGGGUCAGAAAGAAAUGUACUGUUUGUCGACGGAAAUGGGUUUUUGCACAGUGUGUCUGUGUAUGACAGGGAGAUAAAAUAAAUGCCUUGAUAUUAAUGUGUAUCUAAAGGAUUUGCGAUUACAGGUCUGGGUGUGUGCUCUAAAUGUGAUGCAGCUGUAUCUCCACGUCUGUGCUCUUACUGACAAUGCCCCGAGUUCUCAUCCAUCAUUAUAGAGGCCUUUCACUGUCGCAGUCCAUUAUCAUCUCCAGCUUAAUUAUUCACAUUACACCCAACAAAAAGAUGUAUCCUCAGAGACUCGAGCACGUUGAGUCUGAAAUGUGCCCGAGCACAGCAACAAAUGGGAUCAAAGUGGAUUUUCCAGAUAUGCCUCCAUUGUGUGACUGCAAUAGUAAAACAUGCUCAAGAUAUCAAACAUGUUCCACAUGGAUUGCGCAACAGCAGUGUCUUUAGUUUCAACCUUUCCUUCUAAUUCAAUCUAUUCCUGAAUACCUUGCUUCUAUUUCUUGAACAAUUGAGUCCAACUCACCAAUUUGCAAUAAAAUGGUCAGUUGCAUUUUAAAGUCCAAACUCGUUGUUUUCUUCACUGCAGGGUCUGUUAAGAGUGAUGUAAAGCGUUGCACGAUAAACUGCCUUCCAUUGUUUGCAUGCAUUAUAAGCUUCUUUAGCAAAAGGUCAAUUCAUUCCGAUAAACACAUGCAUUUGGAGAAAUGUAUGCAUGAAUAUAUAUACAUUACCCAAGCUAUGCACAACAGAACAGAAUAAUUUCCACACCACAAUGGGGUUUUUUUGUUCCCCACAUACAAAUGUUCCUAAAAGUUUCAGUUGUUAUUCAGGUGAAACUCAAACUGUGGACUGUAAGCUGCAAUCAGUUCUUGUUCGUUUCAGACUGCAGAUUGAGCAGCAAAGGGCACAGAGGAGAAAGACAAACAGAUGCGGUAUAUGGACAGAGUGCACAGCGGCACAUAGCAACAGCUACACACCUGCGUGCGGUCAGAAGGUCCAUAUCUGAAUCACACAUACGGCAUGCAUCAACAGCAUUAAUAAACUGGAAACAAUAUCUCACAGAAAGAAACCCUCUGACCCCAAAUCACAACCUCAUCUGUAAAUCCAGUCGUGGUUGAUGGACACAAACCUGUACACCUUGGAGUGACAGGGGACUGGUGGUCCCACUGUACGGCGGAGCUGCAUAACAAACGCCCUGACACGUUUCUCUUCACACACACUGCAAGAAACCGGUGAAACACCUCAGAGGUAUGGACUGAUCCAACAAUAACAACAGUAGCGAUGGAUGGAGGGGACAUCGCUGGAGAGAAACAAGGCAGAGAAG